CUAACCAACCUGGAUAGAAGGAAAUGAUUAGAAAAUAGAUAAUGCCUAAGAAGCCGCAAAGUAGUUUACUACUACGCCACAUCGACCAAUGUUCUUAAACAUGCAACUUCGAGAAUUUCAAUCAACUGGUCAAAGAUGUUCAGGAUCUUUAAAUGCAUAGUUAGAGACGUUUAUUGAUUUUCUCGUGGAUUGGAAAGUAUUUUCUUUUGGAAUUUAUGGCUGGACUGCUGAGAGCGGGAGCGAAAGAGGAGGAAGAGGAAGAGGAAGAGGAAGAUGUGUGCAGAAUUUGUCGAAAUGGAGGAGAGGAGGACAAUCCAUUGCAUUAUCCAUGUGCUUGCAGCGGCAGCAUCAAAUAUGUCCACCAGGAUUGCCUUCUUCACUGGCUUAAUCACAGCAAUGCACGCCAAUGUGAGGUAUGCAAACACACAUUUUCCUUUUCACCAGUUUAUGCAGAAAAUGCUCCAGCAAGAUUGCCUUUUCAGGAGUUCUUGGUUGGUAUGGCAACAAAAGCAUGCUGUGCUUUGCACUUUUGUUUGCGUCUGGUAUUUGUUGUCUCAGUCUGGUUCAUUAUCAUACCAUUCACAACAUUUUGGAUCUGGCGGUUAACAUUUGUCCGGAGUUUUGUGGAAGCUAGAAAAGUGUUUUUGGGCCGCAUUUCCCCCACCCUUUUGCUGUCAGACUGUUUUAAUGGAUUGAUUCUUUCUGCGUGCAUUGUAUUUAUUUUUCUUUGUGCCACUUCUUUGAGAGAUUAUUUCAGGCAUCUUCGAGAACUUAGAGGACAGGAUGCAGAGAGACAAGAUGAUGGCAUGGAGAGGCAUGCUUUACGGGCUGGAAGGCGAUUACCUGCUCAAGGGAAUAGGGCUAAUGUAGGUGGCAGAAAUGGUGAAGUUGUUCAGGCCAUUGCUGGUGCAGGGCAAUUGAUAAGGAGAAAUGCCGAAAAUGUAGCUGCUCAUUUGGAAAUGCAGGCUGCACGUCUUGAGGCACAUGUUGAGCAAAUUUUUGAUGUUGUUGAUGAUGCAGAUGGAGUAGAAGAUGUUCCAUUUGAUGAACUGGUCGGGAUGCAAGGACCUGUAUUCCAUUUGGUGGAAAAUGCAAUAACGGUCCUGGCUAGCAAUGUGAUAUUUCUGGGUGUUGUGAUCUGGCUUCCUUUUACACUGGGACGGAUAUUUCUCUUCAUAGGAUCUAGACUAGUGGUAACUACUACUAGUAAAUUACUUAUGGGAGACAUAUCUUCUACAAAUCUAUCAUCAGCUAUUGCUAAUAUCACAUUGAAAAAUACUCUUCAAUCUAUGGUAAAUUUAUCAGCUGGCACUCAAGUGGAAUCUAUUUUUGGUGAGGCAAAACAAUCAUUUGCAGAAAAUCUGAUGAUGCACACAACACAGCAAGAUGAACCUUCAACUGUAUUUGAAAGUGGAAAUCCUUUAAAUCUGUUAACAAUUGCUGGAGUUAUGGGCUUGCAGCUUUCUGAUGUUGCAACUCUAGCUGUGGGUUACAUGGUAAUAUUUGGUCUGGUUUUUUGUUAUUUCGGGCUUAUAGCUUUGAUCCGCUACAACAGGGGUGAACCUUUGACAAUGGGUAGGAUCUAUGGCAUAGCCUCUGUAGCAGAAGCUAUCCCUUCUCUUGCUAGACAAUUUAUGGCUGGCAUAAAAUAUUUAAUGACAAUGUUGAAGGUUGUAUUUCUUUUAGUAAUCGAGCUUGGAAUUUUUCCUUUAUUGUGUGGAUGGUGGCUGGAUGUUUGUACUAUUAGUAUGCUUGGAACAACAAUUACUCAGCGAGUGGCGUUCUUCCGGUCUUCAUUGCUAACAAGCUCCUUGUUACAUUGGCUUGUGGGGAUCAUAUACAUGUUACAGAUAAGCAUUUUUGUUAGUCUUCUUAGACGGGUUCUUCGUCCUGGGGUUCUGUAUUUUCUCAGAGAUCCUGCUGAUCCAAACUAUAAUCCAUUUCGUGAUCUUAUUGAUGAUCCUUUACAUAAACAUGCUCGACGUGUCCUCCUUUCUGUUGUGGUUUAUGGAAGUUUGAUUGUAAUGCUUGUUUUCUUACCAGUCAAAGUUGCAAUGUAUUUGAUACCAUCAAUGUUCCCUCUAGAUAUAUCAGUUUCUGAUCCCUUUACUGAGAUUCCUGCAGACAUGCUUCUGUUUCAAAUUUGCACUCCGUUUGCCAUUGAGCAUUUAAAGCCGCGGGCAACAAUUAAGAAGUUACUGUUCCACUGGUUUAAGAUGGUUGGGUGGAUUCUUGGUUUGACAGAAUAUUUAAUACCAAAUCCGGAUGUCAAUAAUGGACAAGAUGCUGGAAUCGCUGAGGAUGAAAGACGAGACAGAUUGCAUGAUAUCCAUAAUGGUCAGGCAGAAGCACUAAACCAUAAUAGGGUAGCCUUUCCAAUCUAUGGGCAGAACAAUAGGAUAGUGCAUGAAAAUGAAAAUGCAGAACCGAAUAUAGAUGAUGCUGGAGAGUUUGCUGAGGAUGGUCAUGAAGAUUUCAAAGAGUACAUGUUUUUCAUACAAAUUGGGUUACUGUUAUUUUUCGCAUGGAUUAGUUUACUAGUAUUCAACUCAGCCUUGGUGGUAGUACCAGUUUCUCUUGGCCGGACGUUGUUUGCUUCCAUUCCACAGCUUCCUGUUACGCAUGGGGUUAAGUGCAACGAUAUUUACGCCUUUAACAUUGGAUGCUAUAUUAUCUGGGCUCUUGUUACUGGAAUUGGGUUUGCUGUUGACUACCUAAGAUCCCACAACCUGAAAUUUCUUGUUAUUCAAGUUCUAAAAUGGUCUAUGAUAAUUGUGAAAAGUUUUCUUCUGUUGUCAUUAUGGAUCCUUAUCAUCCCUGUACUUAUUGGACUGUUGUUUGAGCUACUGGUGGUAGUGCCUUUGCGGGUACCAAUCAAUGAAAGUCCUGUUUUCCUUCUCUAUCAGGAUUGGGCUUUAGGACUUAUAUUUCUCAAGAUCUGGACAAGACUGGUUAUGCUAGGCCAGAUGACACCCUUGGCAGAUGAAAGUUGGCGUAUUAAAUUUGACCAAGUCAGAGCAGAUGGAUUUUCUCAUCUACGUGGUCUAUGGAUUCUCAGAGAAAUUGUAACACCUAUUCUUAUGAAGCUUUUGACAGCCCUUUGUGUGCCAUAUGUGUUUGCACGGGGCAUGUUUCCUCUUUUUGGAUAUUCUCUUAUCAUUAAUUCUGCAGUUUACCGUUUUGCGUGGUUGGGUUGCCUUACCUUGGGUCUACUAUGGCAUUGUACGAAAAGAUUCCAUCAGUGGUGUACGAAUCUCCAUAACUCUAUCCGUGAUGAUAGAUAUUUGAUAGGAAGGAGGCUACAUAACUUUGGGGAAGAAAAAUCAGUUCUCUCAAAGACUAUCAAUAAUGUAUCAGAAAUGCAGGGGGAGGUGUCUUAGUCAGAAAUAGGGCCUCAUAUAAAAUGAUACUUAAGAAAGAAAUCUCUCUUCUGCCGUAGUAGAAUACAAUUCAAGGCUUGUAAAUGAGAGUCCUGGCAUUAGGACUUCAAAAUAGGCAAACUGAAAUUGGAGGAAGUCUUAAGGCAACAGCGUUCCUGAUCUCAACUGUAUGGUUAUUGGGCCUCUGUUGCAUGUAUAAUUUUAGCAUGCACUACUUUCUCUACAUCUUCAAGCAACUUGCAAAUGUUUCAAAUACAAGUGGUCUUGGCGUAUUUUUUCUUUGAAUUAAAAGGUGCCUAAAAGCAUUUUGUAUCGUCUCUUUAUAUGCAUACAAUUGGGCUUUUUGCUGCAUCAACUUCUGUAGAAGAGUUGUUAUAUGGCAACACCUUCAAUUGGAAGCAUAUUUUCCUUCACCGUUUGUGAAGACACGUAGGGGUGUGAGAAGAUUGUGGAUGAUUAAUAGCCAUUUUUCUUGCUGUUUUUUAUCAAGUGAUCGUAUAAAUGGAAUUACUUGAAUCAUUGAUUACAAAGUUA